GCGACAACCGCGUCCGGACAGGACGAUGAAGGGGAAGAGACCUCGAGUAUCAAGAGCGACAAGAUGAAGAAGAACUGCUACGCAUUGGAGAUCUGCACAUUGUCCAAGUCGUACUCUGAUGGGCAGAAGUAUGCGAACAGCGAAGUCUCGUUUAGUGUGAAGCCUGGUCAGAUCUUUGCGUUGCUGGGACAUAACGGCGCGGGAAAAACCACCUUGAUGCGGCAGAUUACCGCAAUGGUUCCUCCAACCUCCGGCGACGCUUGGAUCAACGGUUACUCGGUGCGGCACCAUCCGGAUCAGGUCCGGAAGUUUUUGGCAUUCUGUCCGCAGCAAAACCCGAUGUGGCCAGGGUACACUCUUCGGGAGCACUUACAGUUUUUUCUGGCGAUCAGUCGAAGUCACACCAGUCACCAGACGGUCGUGGAGGACGAACGCGCAGGACAACUUCUAGAACAGAAGGACCCCUCGUCGGAAGAAGAUGUUGAUAAAGUUCGCAUGGAGAGGUUCGCGGCGCGCCUUGGCUUGGAGGAGAAGUUGGACACGCUGUGCAGCGACUUGAGCGGAGGGAUGAAGCGGCGCAUGUGGACGCUGUGCGCUCUUUUACAGGGAAAAGACUCUCUUCUGGUUCUAGACGAGCCCACUUCUGGAUUGGACCCGCAGGCGAGGCGCGACGUCUGGCUUUUGCUGGAGGAAGUGUGUCGCGAGGAGAGCAGGGCGUGCGUGUUCUCGACCCACUAUCUCGACGAAGCGGACGUAUUGGCGGAGGAGAAGGUGAUUUUGUCGCAUGGGAAAGUCGUGGCGAAAGGGACAAGCGCGGAAAUGAAACAAGAAUUCGGCCUGGGCUUUUGGCUCACACUCCAGCUUGACGCGAAGAGGAUGACCUCGACGUCUAGAUCUACACACGGGAACAAAACGAAGAUGAGAACUUGUUCUACUUCGGAAGAGCAGUCCUUGAUCCAAGAACAAGCAGCGCUUUUAUUGGAAAAAGCUGGACGCCAUUUCGUUGCCGAGAAGCUUACCCGCCCAGGAGGAGCAUCCCCGUCACGAAUUGGAGAAGAGCUCCAGUUCGUGACCAAAGCCGACGCGCAUGGUUGUAAGCAUUUGAAGUGCCUCGUGCCGCUUAGUGCAGCAAGGCAGAUUCCCGACAUCCUCGACGAUCUGAAAGAGAACGGCUCCGCGUUCGGCUUGGACCCGCGCGUCACCGUGGAGAAGACGACUCUCGAUGAAGUUUUUCAGGCCGUUGGAGAAGAAGGCGAGGAGGAAGAGUUAGAGACUGCGCGCCGUGUCUCCCAGGCUUCCUCGGGGACGUCUGUUGAAGAUGUUGACGAGCGCGUGUUCGAUUCUUGUGAACAAGUCAAAGCGAUCUUUUUGUUCCGCGUACAGGCGGACGCGCGAAAAGUCGUGAUCUAUUGCCUCAUCUGCGUCGCGUUCCUGUGGGGCCUCGCGGGCACCACCCCCCGCACGGGCAAUCACGUCUUGCGCGACGCCGGUUCGCUCACCUCCUCGCUUUUUCUGAUCCUCUCCCUUCUCGGCGGUUCGCAGUUGCUCUACUCCGGUCGCCUCCGUGAGGAACGCGAGGAGGGACGCCUCGCGCAUCUGCUCAUCCACGGCGUCUCUAAAACCGCGUACACCCUCGGCAGCUUCCUCUUCUACCUGCUUCCGUCGCUUCUCACCAUGAUCCUCGGCUUCGCGCUCGCCGCCCAGUGCCUCUGGCCCCCGUGGAGGCAUGCUCCAACGGCCAUGAGUGGCAUCUACCUGUGGGUGGCCGCGAUUGUCUACGCGGUGGAUGCGACAGUGUAUGGGGCCCUGUUCGGCAGCGUGGGUAGUGGAGUACAAGUCCUGUAUUUGAUGGUCGGGACCAUCAUGCCCUUGGUUUUGUUUUCGGCGGCGUGGAAUGAGGUGAAGGACGUUCAGCCAGAGAGAGACGAAGUCGUCACUUUGGACACUCGUAUCGCGGGAAUAGGGUUGUUCCCGGCUGGCGGCGGAGACACCUCGCUGCAGAUGAGCGUGGGCAAAACGCUGGCGGCCUUCCAGUUUGGCCUUGUUCCUCUGCUCUUUCCACACACGGGUGCGGCGGGUCUCUACAGUCACGGGAUGAAGCUAGAGCGGCUGAUGCUCUGGUUGCACCAAUAUCGGAAGGAGCUGCACCGGUUUAGCGAAAAGAACAGCGAAGUCACGUUCGAGACGGCGAGCACUAGUGAGCGGUAUCGAGCAGGCAUUGCGGCCAUGGAUUCUGGUGACCGGCAAAACAGGGACUACUUUGAGCAGAAGAUGCAUGUCCUCGAUGAGGCGCUGUUCGACGAAAACUGGUACGGCGGAGCGAGGGCAAACGUCGCGGGAAACUUGUUUCUGAAGGGGAAGUUGCCAGAUAAGCUUGCAAAUCUCUUCAACGCGGUGACGCCGGCGACUGAGGUGAAGCAAAUUGCGAAAAGAACCUCACCGGAAGCCGUUGUACGGGAGGAAUUGGUCAAAAACCGCAUCCGCAAUGCUGAAUGGGAGAGCGCGACGGACUAUCUACAGUUCGUGCACACAAUGUCGUUCGUCGGGUUUUUUACCGGAUUCGCACUUCGUUUUGUGCUGUUCGUGAUCUUGUUGGCAUCGGAAGCGAUCAAGGAGAAAAGCGGUCGUCGGGGAGAAAGCAAGAACAAAAAGAAAUCUACAACGACAUCAACUGCUGCCCACAUCCACAAGGAAGAAUUCUUGCUGUCAACAUCAUCCGUCGAAGCUGAAGCAGAAGGCCGUGCAGCAGUAUCAGAUGAGGAAGCCGAAGCAAAAAAUGCGGACACCGAACAACAGGCGGCGGCCGUCCUGAGCAGUUCCUGUGAGGAACAACGGCUGAAAGCAGACGAUGAUCACCGUGACGCAGAUGUGGUUGUUGAGGAAAAACGCGUGGAGAAGCACUUCGCAGAAACAGAGACAUCAACUUCGUGUUCGAAGAGCGUUGUCGAUGAAGAUGUUGUCUUGGUGUCUCGCGUGAAGAAGAGAUUCGAAACUUCCUCCAAGUCCAAUGGGACUACUAGUACAGUAGUUGCAGAAAAUUGGGCGUUGAAUGGUGUCAGCUUCGGUGUGCACUCUGGCGAGGUUUUUGGUUUGCUCGGUCCCAACGGUGCGGGCAAGUCGACAAUGUUCACACUGUUAAGUGGGAAGUGGGACAAGAUCGGGGGGCCGACUGAGGGAGACAUCCGUAUUUUGGAAGAAAAUGUGACGCAGUGCGGGUUUGCCGACGCGUACAGGAAAAUGGCGAUCGUGCCUCAAUUUGACAAGCACCUUUUUCCAUACGCCAGUGCGCAACAACACUUGCAACUGUACAUGGUAGUGAAAAAUGUUUCAUCUCGUAGAAGUUCGGGACAUCACACGAAGACGAAGCAAGAUGAAAUUAUUGCGCAGAUUUUGCGCGACGUCGGUCUGAAUCCGGACAACCACCAGCCGGUCGGAGAGUAUUCUGGCGGCAUGAUGCGCAAGCUGUCGUUCGCUCUGUCCUUAAUCACGGAUCCCCAGGUCCUCUUGCUCGAUGAGGUCAGUGGUGGAGUAGACAUCGUCUCCCAGAGGCUGCUGUGGAAGAAGAUGUCUCACCUGAAGCCUCCAAGGCAAACUAUUAUCACAGCGUCGCACAGCAUGGCAGAGGUUGAGGCCGUCUGCGACCGCGUGGGGAUCAUGGUGGCAGGCCAGCUGCAGUGCCUGGGCAGCCUCAGCCGCGUGAAGGAGGUUCACGGGAAUGUCUGUCAACUAGUGCUGCAC